GUCUUAUUUCAAGCACUUCCAUGGUAAGGGGAGAAAAUAAUCGACUCCACAGUAAGCCAAGGCAUAUAGGUCACUGAUACAUAAUGGAAUCCAUUGAGAAGAGUACAGAAGAUACCGUAAGGCAAAGAAAACAGAAUCAUUCAUUGGACCAAACUGUCCUAAAGGAAAAUGGUGCUGCACAUGGUCAUGUUAAAUGUCUGGUAGAAUGGAAGAAACAUAUGGAGGUUGUGAAGGCAGAGAUAGUCGAGACUAUGAGCUCCCAGAUGAAAGACCUCCUUGACAAAGCUGUGGAAGACACUCUGCAAUCAUACACUAGAGACAAUGUUGCCUCUGUGCCAGACAAAAAGCUCAGAAAUGAAGAUUCUGGAAGAGGGAAAAUAUUCAAGGCACGUGCUUCACUGGUGGAUGAACUGAUGGAGGUGGAACACUUUCGCACUAUUUAUCACAUGUUUGCGGCAGCAUUUUGCGUCUUUGUUAUCAGCACUGUGGCUGUGGAUUCUAUUGACCAGGGCAGAUUGGUUUUAGAGUUUGAUUUGUUUUUUUACUCAUUUGGACAGACUAGUACCGUGGUAUGGUCAUGGACCUGUCUCUUUAUCUACACUCUCUUGGUGCCCUACAAAAUCUUGCACUUCUGGGGAUCUCGCUUUUCCAAGUCAAAACAUCCAUUCCUGCUGUCUGCAUCUGUAAUCAGCAUUUUUGGUAUCUGUCAGUUUUGUGUAUUGGGUAUUUUUCCAACAUACAUUGUGCUACAUUACAAACUUCCUCCAGCAUCCAGCUUCAUAGUGACCUUAGAACAGGUUCGUUUUGUGAUGAAGAGCUACUCCUUUUUACGAGAGACUGUUCCAUCUGUGAUUCGGAAAGAGAGGAAUCCGGACCAGCUUCCCAAACUUUCAAGUUAUCUCUAUUUUCUAUUCUGCCCAACGCUAAUAUAUAGAGACAGCUACCCAAGAACCCCGUAUAUCAGAUGGAAUUAUGUGGUUAAGAAUUUUGCUCAGUUCCUGGCAUGCGUGUUUUUUUUAAAUUUCACAUUUGUCACAUUGUGCAUUCCUGUCUUCACUAAUAUGAUCAAGCAGCCAUUGAACAUAAGGACUAUGGUGUUAUCUGUUUUCCAUGCUACCUUACCUGGCACCUUUUUUCUACUGACUUCGUUCUUUGCCUUACUGCACUGCUGGUUAAAUGCCUUUGCAGAGAUGUUGCGCUUUGCAGAUCGUAUGUUCUACAAGGAUUGGUGGAAUUCAAAAUCAUUUUCAAAUUAUUACCGCACAUGGAAUGUCGUUAUCCACGAUUGGUUGUAUUAUUAUGUUUAUCAAGACAUUUUAUGGCUGUGUAAUCGUCGGUUCCGCACAGGAGCAAUGCUGGCUGUAUUCUUCAUGUCGGCCAUCGUACACGAAUAUGCCUUAACGUUGUCACUUGGUUAUUUCUACCCGGUCAUGUUUUGCUUGUUUGCCAUCUUUGGAGUUGUCUUCAACUUCUUCAUUAAUGAUACUCUUACAUGCCCAUUGUGGAACGUGGUGCUUUGGACCUUCCUGUUUAUUGGCCAGGGUAUCCAGUUGUGUCUAUACUGUCAGGAGUGGUACGCACGAAAACACUGCCCUCUCACUGAGAAAACAUUCUGGGGAUUGGUGACUCCUCGUUCUUGGUCAUGUCAGAUAUAGUUAAUUAAGAUUGUACUGUUUAGCGUUCUGUGAAACGUUGAACACAUGUGUUGCAUUGGAAAUUCUGUAAUACUACAUGGCUAAAUAUGGAUGUAUGUGGCUACAGCAUCCUUAUCCUCUAGAUGUAAUCUGUACUGUUGUAGAAACCAAGCAAGCAACAUUGUCCAGAUUUCUAUGUGACUAUUUCUAUGGACUUUGAAGAGACUUUGAGUUUGUCUGACACCAGAGUGCUCUCAUUUACACAGAAUGCAGAGUUACAGAGUUGUUCUGCUUCAUGG